AUGCGCUCGCGUAGGCUGCACGAUGUACUUCGGUGGAUCCGAGCACGGGCCGGCGAUGCCAACUUCAACUUCCGCGACUUCGCCGCAUGCUUUUGCCCGCAGCGCCAGCUCCUAACCACCAUGCAUCUCCUCGCCCUCCUGAGCUUCCUUUCGCUCCUCUUCGUCUUCACCCUCGCUGAUUCCCUCCCCAUCACUUCCGAUAUCUUCUACUGGCCCGUCGGCUCGACCCAACCUUCCAUCCUCGCGCGUCUCGCCUACGACCCAUCCUCACUAACGUCCAAUGUCGUCUCCUACCACCCUCCCAAGACCGAUUCCACCGAUGGUCUCGUUCGCGUUGGCCUCUACACUUCAACCCCGAUGAGUGCGAAGCAAUGGGUCGGAAGUCUUGUCUCCUUGUCCGCGUUGACCGAUGCCCAUCACCAUCAACCCAUUUUCCGUCUCCAUCUCGGCCCUUCUAAUGAGGUGUAUCACGUAUCUUUGGCAGCCUCAGAGCCUGACACUACCAGUCCCAAGGUGGAGCUAGUGUCCACUCAGCCCGGUGCGCAACCGCACCUUAAUCGACCUAUUUUUGUUGGGCCAGAUGGCGAGAAUCCGGACGUGGUGGAGGAGAAGAGCUUUUUGCAGAAGUACUGGUGGGUGCUUUUGAUUGUAGCAUUCUUGAGCAUGUCUGGAGGUGCAGAGGGCCAGUCAUAA